GGGUUGUUGUUUGUCUCCCGAGUCAAUCGGUUUCGGAAAUUAGGCAAUAUAGAUCUUGAUGCUCACUAUUUUCACAACAUAGAACAACAAUAAUACAAAGAUGUCAGACGACCUAGUGAAACAGCUGAGCAGUUACAAGGCCCAACUACAGCAGGUGGAAGCUGCCUUGUCUACCGACGAGGACAAUGAAGAUCUGCUCAAACUACAGAAAGAUUUACAGGAAGUCAUUGAGUUGACUAAGGACUUGCUUGCAGCUCAGCCGGUUGACAGCACGUCCAGUACCAACAGCUCAGACGCAGCUCCGCUGAAACACAACUGGAAGGUUGGCGAUGGCUGUAUGGCUGUUUGGAGCCAGGACGGACAGGUGUACGACGCUGAGAUCGAGGAGAUAGACGAGGAGAACGGCACGGCGGCCAUAACCUUCAUCAGCUACGGCAACGCAGAGGUCAUCCCCCUGCAGCACCUCAAGCCCCUGGAGGAGGGCAAGCUCCGCGAUGAAGACGGCAAGCCCAAGUCAAGGAAGGAGCAGAUAGCAGAACAGAGGGAGUAUAAGAAGAAGAAAGCCCAGAAGAAGGUCCUGAGGAUGAAGGAGUUGGAGCAGGAAAGGGAGGACCAGAAGUCGAAGUGGCAGCAGUUCAAUAACAAAGCUUACUCCAAGAACAAAAAGGGACAGGUUAAAAGGAGUAUAUUUGCAUCUCCAGAAAGUGUUGACGGCAAGGUAGGAGUGGGAACGUGUGGUAUCGCAGACAAACCGAUGACGGUGUACAACGACACAUCGAAAUUCAACGUCAGACAUUUAAUGCCCCAGUGACCCGUCGUGUUGUGUAAAUAAUGUUCAUCCAACUGUAUACUGGCUGGGUCGAUGUUUCCAUGUGGUCAUAUGAUUUACGUUCCUUGAGUCUUGGAGAAUACAUUUCUGUACACCAUUGCUUGAUUUACUGAAGUACUUUUUUAUAUUAUAUAGACAGAGCGGGAAAAAAAAGUUUUAAAUCGUGGACAUUUUUUGUAAAGGAAAUAAUAGAUACCUGAUUUUCACCAUAUUCACCUGUUGUGUAUGUAUGUGGAGACCACAGAAAACCAUACAUGUGGCUGGGAUUGUGUAACUUAUUUAAUUGGUUGCUGCCUGUAUUAAGAAGUCGAUGUUUGUCGGUUGGACAUGCCAUGACUUUGUCGUUUUGUGAGGCCUGCUUUACGAUGCAGAAUUUUAACAAAACCAGACUUGUUAUUUUUUUGUACAUCCAUUAUUAAAAGACAAUUGUUUUCCUUGCAAAAUA